AUGACUGUUGUCUCACUCUACAUCCAAGAGGUAGUGAUGUACGUUGAUGGAAAAGAUCUGCCAAGGAACAAGGACACUCACCAUCACAACACCAGAAGCGGAGAGGCUCUCAUCAACAAUGACUCCCAGACACUUUACUUGGGGUUUUCUGUCCACUUCAAGGAAUUGCUGGGACUUCUUCACAUCUUCUCCCAAGAGUUAAUUGGUUUGUUUUUUCUCUAUGAGAUCAUCUCCCAGGCAACAGUUGUCAGUUACAAGUUUCCUUUCUUCAUGGUUGUCAAGUACAAAGUCAGCAAAGUUCCUUUGAUGAAUCCAUGUUGCUUAAUCCAUUCUCAUGAUUUCAGAAUCACUGAAGUGUCAAGAUGGCGGGAAUUGAUGAACAACUGUCUUGAGGCUGUGGAGAAGGAGAUUGCAGACUUAACGACUGAGAAGGAAAUAACAGAAUCGGAAAUCGAGAAUCUCAAUCUAAACUUCACGUUGGCAAAUGAGUGUCUCAGCAUGAGAGAUCAGCGGGGAGGCGCAGAUUUGUGUAGAGAUGAGGCGGAGACUGAGCUGAAACAUGAGUUGAGCACACUGGAGUCAUUGAAGAAGAUGCUGACAGACAAGGCACAAGCAGCAUGGGAGCAGAUGAAUAGACUGGAGGAGGUCCGAUUCCAGCUUAAGCAGGACUUGCAGGAUAAAGACGAGACAUUAGAAAUCUGUAGGAACAACCUUGGCAUGGACAAGAAUUGUGCAAACACCAGCUUCAAGCCUGACCCUCUUCGACUGCCUAAGAAGUUGAUUUCGUAUGAGUCAUGGCUGGAACACUGCAAGUACCUCAAGCUGCGGGCAGACAAUGAACUCGCAGCUGCACAGAAGCUGAGGGAGACAAUGUACGUGCCACGGGAACGUGCCAGGAACGAUCUCAAGGCGCAGAAUGAUGCAACCAACUGCCUGCGUAAGAGAAUCUAUGAGACACAACGGAUCAAGAAUGAACUCGACUGGCAGAGAUUUAAUAUGAUCCCUGACAUGGACCGUCUCAUGAAGGAAAUCACUAAACUGGAAGCAGCACUGUUGGAGAAGACAAAUGCCCUGAAACUGGCUGAAACUAGAUGUGAAAACCGACUGUACCGGCCCGGCGCAGAGCUCUGCAGAGACGAAACCAUGCUGGGACUGGCUGAUGAGGUGUUACAGCUGCGCCGGACUAUGCGUGACCUUCAGGACAAACUUGACUCAGCAAAAGCUACUUACAACGGGUUGGAGGACCAGCUGAUGGUGAUUGACCGAGAACUCUACAACAAGAAUCAGGCUCUAACUACGGAUCUGCGCUGUCUGGACUUGCGUUCCCGCCUUAACACCGGAACUCGUGCCGACCCGGCCACACAGACUGAUCGAAAUAUUGUCCUCACACGCAUGCAGGACGAGAUACCUCCGGAGUAGCUUUCCACACAACAAUAAAUCGUGCUUAAUGUGGAGAAUGUAGCUUUUCUAGUCAGAAAUUUGUAGUCAUUUGUGUCGUCAUCUUUUGAGAAGUUUGAAAUUUGAAUAUGUGUGUUUUUGUAAUUUUAUACACAAUGUUCAGUAAAUUUAUAAAUUGACAGCAAAUA